AUGCCUUCACAUUUCGAUACUUUACAAUUACAUGCUGGUCAAGAAGCUGAAGAACCACAUAAACCAAGAGCUCCUCCAAUUUAUGCUACUACCUCAUAUGUUUUUAAUGAUUCAAAACAUGGUGCUCAAUUAUUUGGUUUAGAAACCCCUGGUUAUAUUUACUCAAGAAUUAUGAAUCCAACUAAUGAUGUAUUUGAACAAAGAAUUACUGCUUUAGAAGGUGGUGUUGGUGCAUUAGCUACAGCAUCAGGUCAAUCUGCUCAAUUUUUAGCUAUUGCAGGUUUAGCUCAUAGUGGUGAUAAUUUUCUUAGUACAAGUUAUUUAUAUGGUGGUACUUAUAAUCAGUUUAAAGUUGCAUUUAAAAGAUUAGGUAUUGAAGCAAGAUUUGUAAAUGGUGAUUCAGUUGAUGAUUUUGCGAAAUUAAUUGAUUCAAAAACAAAAGCUAUAUAUCUUGAAUCGAUUGGUAAUCCAAAAUAUAAUGUUCCAGAUUUUGAAAAAAUUGUUAAAUUAGCUCAUGAUAAUGGUAUUCCAGUUGUUGUUGAUAAUACAUUUGGUGCUGGUGGAUUUUUAAUAAAUCCAAUUGCUCAUGGUGCUGAUAUAGUUGUUCAUUCAGCUACUAAAUGGAUUGGUGGUCAUGGUACAACAAUUGCAGGAGUUGUUGUUGAUUCUGGUAAUUUCCCAUGGACUGAAUAUCCUGAAAAAUUUCCACAAUUUUCAAAACCUUCAGAAGGUUAUCAUGGUUUAAUUUUAAGUGAAGCUUUAGGUAAAGCUGCAUUUAUCGGCCAUUUAAGAAUUGAAUUAUUAAGAGAUUUAGGUCCAGCUUUAAAUCCAUUUGGUUCAUUUUUAUUAUUACAAGGUUUAGAAACUUUAUCAUUAAGAUUAGAAAGACAAAGUUACAAUGCAUUAAAAUUAGCUCAAUGGUUAGAAAAACAUCCACAUGUUGAAAGUGUUUCAUAUUUAGGUUUACCAUCACAUGAAUCACACGAAUUGGCAAAGAAAUAUUUAAAUCAUGAUGCUAAAUACUUUGGUGGUGCAUUAUCAUUUACAGUUAAAGACUUAGAAAAGACAAGUGAUGAUCCAUUUGAUGAAGCAUCACCAAGGGUGGUUGAUAAUUUGAAAAUUGCUUCAAAUUUAGCAAAUGUUGGUGAUUCAAAAACUUUAGUCAUUGCUCCAUGGUUUACUACACAUCAACAAUUAACAGAUGAAGAAAAGAAAGCAAGUGGUGUUUCAAAAGGUUUAAUUAGAUUAUCUAUUGGUACUGAAUUUAUCGAUGAUAUUAUAGAAGAUUUCGAACAAGCGUUUAAAAAAGUUUAUAAUUGA